AAACAAAACGACAUCCACUCUCUCUCUCUUUCUCUCGUCUGUCAACUUCUUCACUUUUCUAUUCUCUUUCAUUUUUUUUCCUUUACACUUUCCCUCAUAUUUUCUCUCUCAUUUUCUCACCAACCAACCAGACCCUUUUCCUCUUCCCUCACUCACAUUAUCACAUACAAUUUAUAAUCAAAUAUAAAUGUAUAUGUAUAUGUUUUCUUCUCCAUUGUCUAUGUAAGAGACUCUUCGAUACUGAAACCGACGUCGUUCCACCCACCGACGAUCUCGGAGGAGAAGCCGGAGCUUCGUAAGCCGCCGGUUCGGUCGGAAUGGACUCGAGCGAUGUCAAUACAGUAAGGUCAGAAACCAUGAAGGACUACGCUAGAGAGUUUAUGAAAGGCGUAGCGGAGAUGAGUGUGGAGUUUGGAAAAGGAUGUAGAGAUAUAUUCAAACAGAGCUUGGCGAAUCGUGAUUCCUUCUUGGUUAAGAAGUUUGGGAAAGAGUCGUAUAUUGGGAGGAGAAUCAGUGGACCGUGUGAGAAGAUUCGUUUAAAAUUGAGGUUCUUUAAUGAGUACUUGCCCGAGGACAAGGAUCCACUUCACUCAUGGUCUGUGAUCUUGUUCGUACUUGUUCUUGCUUUUGCAGUCUUGAGUUUUACCAUGGAAUCCAAAUCCGAGUACUCUUCUUCUACUGCUCCCACUCCCACCCCAGAGACUAAGAAAAUAUACCUACAUCCUCCUAGUGCCAGUCGUGUGGUGCUUCCUGAUGGUAGAUACAUGGCGUACAGGGAGCAAGGUGUUCCUGCUGAGAGAGCUAGAUUUUCAGUGAUUGCUCCACAUGCUUUUCUUUCCUCCAGGCUUGCAGGGAUACCUGGGCUUAAAGCAUCACUACUUGAAGAAUUUGGUGUUCGCUGGUUAACAUAUGAUCUUCCUGGUUUUGGAGAGAGUGACCCUCAUCCUGAAAGAACCCUUGAAUCUUCAGCAAUGGACAUGUCACUCUUAGCUGAUGCUGUUGGUGUUAAUGGCAAGUUCUGGGUUGUGGGAUACUCAAGCGGAAGCCUUCAUGCUUGGGCAGCGCUUAGAUUCAUUCCAGAAAAACUUGCCGGUGCAGCAAUGUUUGCUCCUAUGGUAAAUCCAUAUGAUCCAACCAUGAGUAGGGAAGAGAGACGUAAAACAUGGGAAAAGUGGUCAAGAAGGAAGAAAUUCAUGUUCUUUUUAGCUCGAAGGUUUCCUCGAUUUCUCGCUUAUUUCUAUCAUAGAAGCUUCUUAUCUGGGAAACAUGGUCAGAUUGACAAGUGGUUGUCCAUGUCUCUGGGAAAGAGGGACAAGGCUUUAAUAGAGGACCCAAUCUAUGAAGAAUUCUGGCAAAGGGAUGUGGAAGAAUCCAUUAGACAGGGAGAUGUAAAACCCUUUAUUGAGGAAGCUGUAAUGCAAGUUUCAAAUUGGGGUUUCUGUCUUCCAGAACUUAGAUUGCAAAAGAAAGAAAGAGGCAAAGGUUUGUUUAAUUGGCUUAAAUCAUUGGUCAUUGAAGAGCAGGAAGAAUACUUGGGCUUUCUAGGUCCAAUUCACAUAUGGCAGGGAAUGGAUGACAGAGUUGUUCCGCCAUCAAUGACAGAUUUCGUGCACCGAAUUCUACCAGGAGCUGCAGUACAUAAACUCCCAUACGAGGGGCACUUCACCUACGUUUACUUCUGCGAUGAAUGCCAUAGACAGAUUUUCACCACACUCUUCGGAAUCCCACAAGGCCCUUUGAACAACAACAACAACAAUAACACCACAUUAGAACUGAAUCAAAGUCCCAUAGAAGAUGAGGCUGAAACAACAGACGAAAUGGUAACAACACCAGUUGAGGAAAGAUUUGAAGUUUGAUGAGAUUUAAACUUUUCCUUUUUUUUUUCUUCUACUUGAGGAAGCUACUGCUGUACAUACCGUAGCUAAUUCGGCUAUUCGUCCACCACAGAAUCGAAAAUAGAAUAGAAGGUGUAAUAUUCCAAGUGUUCAGGUUUUAAGCUUCUAUAGGAAACAUUGCCAAUACAACAAAAAUAUAAUCUGGUUUUUAAUUGUAAUGAUGAGCCAUUGAUAUCUGUUUAUGCUACAGCCAUUGAUGAGCACAUUAUAAAUGUUACAUAAAUAAAAUUAAACAAGAAAUAAUGAACUGAGAUAGUAACACAAUUUGAUCUUUAUUUAUAAAUUAUCAGCAAACACAAACUUCUUGUGUCUCUGCAAUU